AUGUCCUUAAAUAAAGAAAAAGAUGAAGGGCCCUCAAAUCAAUCAGCAGGGCCCAGAAAAAUUCGAGAAGAGUUAGUUUAUGUAACCCAGACAUCUUUAAACAAUAUAGCUAGACAAGUAAAUGAUCUAAAUAAAUAUACUGAAUACAUAUUUGGGGAACUAACCAAAGAGGUCGAUAGGCUCUGUUUCAAACUUAAGACUUUACAACAGAGUGUAAUCCAGUUAACUGAUGGCAUUACCCAAGAUGAUCCAAAUAAAGGAGCGUCCUUGCAAGUUAGAAAAUCAAAGAGGAUGUUUCAAAAUACAGCUUUUCAAUCACAGCAAGUAUACUCUUCCAAAUCUGUUAAAAGGUGUGGAAAACAUGAUUCCUGUGUACAGACAUCAUCUCUUACUAUGCCUGCUCGUCACUGCCAAGAUGGUAGAGAAAGUUUAAAGAUUUAUCCUGUUUCAUAUUCUGAGGGUGAAGAACAAAAGGGAGGGAAGGUCAAGCUAAAGAAGAAGCACCUAGAUUAUCCAUAUGAGCCAAAACGUGUGCCUCAAGGUCAACCGAUAGAAGAUAAUAUUACAGUGGGCCAUAUCACCACAGAUGCCUGUGGUGAGACCUCUCAUUCAUAUGUAGAUCAAUCAGCCGAAAAUUCAUUUUGCUCUUUCCCAUUUAGUGAAAUCAGUAAACUUCUAACAAGAACUGUAGGAAAGGUGUUAUCGAGCCCUCUACAACAGCCAAUGCACGGAGCUGGUGAUGUGAAAAAUUCACAUACCUAUGUCAAUUAUGGAACUGGAAUGGGAGAAGACUUGAAACCCCAACCUCGAACUCGUCUUAAAACAGAGGUGUUUGUGAGUCCCACAGCACCUAAUUCACCACCUCCACUACCAUCUGAUUGGUUAGCUGUAUUAAGAGCUUCAGAGAGGACAAGUCUUUCCUCAGUAAUGCAUUCCCUGACUCAACUUACACAAACUGUUUUCAAUGAUCCAGCAGCAUCACCACCUCCUGAUUGCCUGCAGACCACUCUUGAUUCACCUCUUCUAAUUACACCACCUGAAACAGAUUUCUCUCCUCCAACACCUGAACCUUUCCAAUAUGAACUGAUACCGGAUGAUUUAGUCCCACAAAGUAAAGAUCAGGAAAUGCCUCCACCUUUAUCUCCUCUAGUAACUUCACCUAGAAUUAAAUCGAGGGCUGCAGUUACAGAUCUAAAUGACUCGGCAUCAGAUGUGCAAUCACCAAGAUCUUCAGUUCCAUCAAGACUAAUAUCUUCACUUCCACCACCACCACCACCACCAAGAUCUUCAAUUGCACCAAGAUCUUCAACUCCACAAACACUACAAAGUUCAAUUCCACUAUCAUCAGUAUCUUCAUAUCCACAAACAUCAGUAUCUUUGAUUCCAUUAUCAAAACCUUCAGUUGCCCAGUUACCAAGAUGUUCAGUUGCCCAACCUUCAGGAUGUUUAGAUACACAGUCAUCUAGAUCUUCAGUUGCACAACCAACAGGAAAUUUGACUACACCACACCCAAGAUCAUCAAGUUUGAAGUCAACAAAAUUGUCCACUCUACAAUCACUGUUUUCCUUUGUACAGUCACCAUCUUCCAUAUCAAGCCCUUGGGCUCUAUCAGUGUCUCAAUCUUCAUCAACUCCAGUUUGUCCUGGCUUUAAGCAAUCUCCAUCAGCUCUACCAAUGAUCAAUAAAGCAAGGAUGGCCUUGAUGGAAGCAAUAAGAAAAGGUGUUCUGCUACGCAAAACUAAAGAGCAAUGCAUACCCAAAGUCAAAAUGGAGAUUCCUAAAAAUGAAGCAAGUCACAUCCUGAUCCGUCGUAAAGCUAUGGGAUAUAGUUCUGGUAUAUCAGACAGUGAGACUGAUUGGAUGGAGGAAGAGUAA